AGGAAAGAGACCGGCUUGGAAGGGGGGGAGAAAAGGAAGAAGGGGCGAAACCAUCUUCGCCAACAAGAAGCAAAACAGCUGGAAAGAAAGGGGGACACAGUUGCCGAUGACAAAAGGAUGGGUUUCCAUGUAAUCAAGCAGCUGAGAGGCAUGAGUGCAGUGUUGGUGCUCCUCCCUACAGUGCUGUUUGUGACGCUCACCGGGGCUCAGCGAGCUUGCCCCAAGAACUGCAGAUGUGAUGGCAAAAUUGUGUACUGCGAAUCUCAUGCGUUCAGAGACAUCCCUCACAACAUUUCCGGAGGGUCUCAAGGCUUAUCGCUGAGGUACAACAGCAUCCAGAAGCUUAAGCCAAAUCAGUUUGCGGGUCUUCACCAACUCAUAUGGCUAUACCUUGACCAUAAUUACAUCAGUUCUGUAGAUGAGGAUGCCUUCCAGGGCAUCCGUAGGCUGAAGGAAUUAAUUCUGAGCUCCAACAAAAUUACCCACCUGCAAAACAAUACAUUUCACCCAGUCCCCAACCUCCGCAAUCUGGACCUGUCAUACAACAAGCUGCAAGCACUGCAGUCUGAGCAGUUUAAAGGUCUCCGCAAGCUCUUGAUCUUGCACUUACGUUCAAACUCAUUGAAAUCCGUUCCAAUUCGAGUUUUCCAAGAUUGUCGCAAUCUCGAUUUUCUGGAUUUGGGCUACAAUCGCCUACGGAGUUUAUCCCGCAAUGCUUUUGCUGGCCUCUUGAAGCUAACGGAGCUCCACUUGGAGCACAACCAGUUUUCUAAGAUCAACUUUGCUCACUUUCCACGUCUCUUCAACCUCCGCUCAAUCUACUUGCAAUGGAAUAGGAUCAGAUCCAUCAGUCAAGGUUUAACGUGGACUUGGAGUUCCUUACACAACUUGGAUUUAUCAGGGAAUGACAUUGCAGGGAUUGAACCCGGGACGUUCCAAUGCCUGCCCAACUUGCAGAAACUCAAUCUGGAUUCCAACAAACUCACCAACAUCUCUCAGGAGACUGUCAAUGCCUGGAUUUCUUUAAUAUCCAUCACUCUCUCUGGAAAUAUGUGGGAAUGUACUCGGAGCAUUUGCCCUCUAUUUAAUUGGCUUAAAAACUUCAAAGGAAACAAGGAAAGUACCAUGAUUUGUGCAGGCCCAAAGCAUAUCCAGGGUGAAAAAGUGAGUGAUGCUGUAGAAACCUACAACAUUUGUGCUGAAAUCCCAGUCGUGGUGACUGAAAAGCCCUACCAGGCCCCUAAAACUCAGCAGAGGCCCAUAUUUGUUCCAAAGCCUACUCUUCCCAAACUGGAAGACUAUCAGCCAACCUCUUUUACGGCAAAUCCUUCUCCAGAUUUCCCAACAUCUGGACCAGAGCCAGAGUAUGAGCAUGUUUCAUUUCACAAGAUUAUUGCUGGAAGUGUGGCCCUCUUUCUAUCGGUGGCUAUGAUUUUGUUGGUCAUCUACGUCUCAUGGAAGCGCUACCCAGCCAGCAUGAAACAGCUCCAGCAACACUCUCUUAUGAAGAGGCGCCGGAAAAAAGCUCGAGAGUCUGAAAGGCAAAUGAACUCCCCUUUACAGGAGUAUUAUGUGGACUACAAGCCGACAAAUUCCGAGACCAUGGAUGUAUCGGUUAAUGGAUCUGGACCCUGCACGUAUACCAUUUCUGGCUCCAGGGAAUGUGAGGUAUGAACCAUGAUCCUCCUAAAUCCAUUUCUGCUGCUGGGAA